AUGCAGUGUAUCUCUGCUGAGCGAUCAGUUGGAUAUUGUUCAGAGAGGGAAGCAAGCGACCGGGUAAUAGAAUUGGCGUACGAUAUGUGCAAUGGACGGCCCGAUGCCAUCAGCCCGACACAACGCACCAUUACAGCAACACUCGUUUUGGCCCCCUCAGGAGGAGUCAUCACAUUCCCAUCCGUGACAGUCACUGAUCCCAUUGAACCUACUGCGUCCAACGUACCGCACCAUAGAAGCUCCAGUACUUCAUCUUCUCAAACACUACCGACGACACUCGUUGUCGACACAUCGUCGCCUCCUCCGCUGCCCAUUACGAGAACAUCUACGAAACGGUCGGCAAGCAAGGAUCGCGUUACUACCACUUCAGACGAAGAAUCGGAAUAUCCCACGGAUAUUGCAUUCAUCACCGACCCGCCGACUUCUUCGGGUGCCUCGACCGACGAUCCGACUACCUUGUCGACCAUUUUUACCUCGAGAUCAACGACAGAAACAGCGGCCACCACAUCCACCGAGGCGCCAGCUGGCGGCGCUGGUGGCAAGGAAAAAGAUGAUAAGGACUCAGGAAAGCUCUCCAGUGAGCAAGUUGCUGGCAUCUCGGUCGGUGUCCUCGCUGCUGCCGGGGUCGCUGCCGGAGCUAUUGUGCUGGCGAGGUACUACCGCCGCAAGAACCACCCCAAGGCCAAGACAGGAUUCCUCCCCAUGCGAGAUACCUGGGGCUACAAACCGGAAGACCCUAGGAACGGCGGUGGACAUGACUCCUGGAUGAUCCAUCAGAUGCGCCCAACCCUCGAUCCAUCAGUUCCUCCUCCACCACCACCCGCUUAUAACAGGAAGAGCCUUAGACCUAGCACCCUUGGACUGGCAAUCUCACCCGCCCCCUCAAGUCGUACCGCCCACUCAUCGCCCCUGAGAAGGAUAUCCAAGUUGCUCCCAGCAAAGCCAGUUCUGCCAAGCCUUCCUCUCAAGAUCAACAAGGAGAAGUCCCCUCCUCUACUCCAGCCAGAAUGGGACGACCACGAGCACCACAAUGUUGGCUCGUCUAGCCAAGAGAACGUCUCUCACAUGCCGGCACCACCGGCGCUCUCUUCAGCCGCAGGUGUAGGUUCCCCGUCGAGGACCAAGCCAACACCACCUAAGCUGCACAUCACCACGUCCAGCAACGCCGGCCGCAGGAGUAGCAACAACAACCGCGAGAGCAACGUGACCGAGUUUGAAGAGGAUCGGACCUCGUUCUCGGCAAACACCAACUCUACACAGGUCUGGCGGCCGCCGCCGACGACGCCCAUCUCUGCGGGCACGUUCUACGUUGCUGACCAGUACGGGAAUUGGGUUCUGGGUAAUUCUAAACGCGCGUCUGUCAUUGCUCGAGGCUCACAAGGCUCCAAAGAGUCGCAGGAGGGUGUGCCGCCAAAGCCGCCGCCCAAGGAUGACAACAUGUCGUCUGCUGGUCUGGCUAGGUCUCGAUCCCUCGCUCCCGCGGCAGAGAUCCGUCCCGCUGGUGUUCCACCAAAGGAGAAGCCCGCUGGCCCUCGCCCUCAGUAUCCGUCUCCUUUCUUCUCGUCUCAGAACCAUCCUCGGCGGAACAUGACUACACGUCGCUCCAUGACCCGGAACCUGACCCGGCCGCGUGAAGACUCGAGCAGCAGCAAUGUCACCACCAUCACCACCUCAUCCGAAGAACCCGCUCCUGUGCCUGCUGUAGCCGCACUGUCCCAGGAGCAGCAGACUACACUCUCUCCCGUUGUCGAGUCUCCUCCCCGUCAACCCAGGAUCCCGCCUCGAGACCCCCGACGGAUGAGCCAGAUGAGUGACUACAACAGGAGAUCUGGUCCGCCUACGCGCCAGGUUGUCUACCACCCUCCCGGACAGCCCAGCCCAACCCUAGGAAUGAUGCAAACUCCACAGCAACAGCAACUGAACGAGCCCGAGGUCAUUCCAAACGUUGGACUUGAACAGGAUUCUCCCUCGAUGCGUCUCGUCGACCCUUCUCCUCCACCGAACGAGGAUGAGGCCUACAACGCUCAACCCAUGAACCCGAACCGUUCCCAGGUCUCUCCUUUCUACUUUGAUCCUCCUUACCCUCAACCUCUCAACACUAUGCAUCAACCUAUCAACACUAGUCACGCAUCUCAGCAUCGGCCUUCCGCCUCUGGCUCUCAAGCCCAGACAUAUCGACCAUACCAACGACCUCCCUCGCAUAAGCCGUCUCCUAGACCUCAGUCCAACUGGCAGGCCGCUCAAAGACUGCCCCAGUCUUACCAGUCCUUCCAGCAGCAGCAACCCAUCCAUCCACACCAACGACAACCCCCCAAUACAUCCUUCCAGCGCCAGCCGCCUCAAGGAUACCAAUCUUUCCAGCCCAACCCCAACCCUUCAUACCCGCGCAACUCUGCGUACCAAUCGUUCCAAUACCAACAACAACAACCACAGCCGCAUGCCCAGGUCCAGCAGCACUCACAAAUCCACCCUUCACGCAUCCAAUACCAGACCUACAAUCCUUCACCAACCACGAGCCAGCCACGAUCAGGCGACUCGACCCUCCUUGCCAAGCGCCUCGGCUCGGACCGUGCCGCCAACAUGUCCAUAGGCACUGAUUCGCCCAAAGCCUCCAAAUGGCGCCGCGAGGACCCCAACCUGACACCUCCUGGAUUUCCCUUGUCCCCUCACUGGAAGCCGACCUUGACACCUACUCGGCGCGGAGAUGACCUGUACCUGAACGUGCAGUAG